AUUUCGAUGGUCAAGGUCGUCGACGUGGUCGUUGUCGGUGGCGGUCCCGCCGGCGUCUUUUGCGCGCAAGCGAUCACCAAGCAGCUGCCAUCGGCGCGCGUCGUUCUCUUGGAAGCGCAGAAGGAGCUGCUCAAGAAGGUGCGUCUCUCGGGCGGUGGCCGCUGCAACGUCACGCACGCCCGGCACAAGUUUGCCCACCUGCGCGAGGUCGCCGCGCAGUACCCGCGGGGCGGGAAGCAUCUCCUUGGCAACCUCAGUCGCUUUGGCAUUGAAGAGUCGCAUCAAUGGUUCGAGAAGCACGGUGUCGCGCUCAAGACCGAGGCCGACGGGCGAGUCUUCCCGACCACCGACUCGAGCGCGACGAUCGUCAACGUCUUGUUGGAUGCGGCCGCCGGCGUUGAGAUCCACCGGCGCACCAAAGUCAUCUCGCUUUCACGCAAUCAUAAUUGUGAUGACGCAACCUUUGCGAUCGCAGCCCGGGCCAAGGCCGACGACACCAUCCUCGACCUCCACGCCCGCUGCGUUGUCAUUGCGACGGGGUCCUCGGUGCCGUUCUGGGACCUCCUCCAGGCGCCGCCAUUGCAGCUCGCGGUUGCGCCGCCCGUCCCAUCCCUCUUUACCUUCAAGACCAACGAUCCACGCAUCCGCGAUCUCGCAGGCAUUUCAGUUGAUGAAACCAUGAUCUCGCUCCCGACUCUCAAGAAGCUACCGCCUGUCUACGGCCCGACUCUCAUCACUCACUUUGGCUUGAGCGGGCCCGCGAUCUUGCGCCAGAGCGCCUUUGCAGCGCUGGCGAUGCACGCAGCCGACUACAAGCUACCGUUCUGCGUCGACUGGACCGGCGGGCGCUUCUCGCCGCACGAAGCGCGUCUCUUCUUGGCCGACCAGCGGACGCGGCAUCCAACGCGCAAGGUCGCGUCUACAUGUCCGUUUGUGGAUGACACCAACAAACCGCUAUUGGCACAGCGGCUCUGGGCCCGCUUGGCGCUCGAGGCCGAUGUGACGUGGGCCAACGUCUCGAAGGAGAUGACGGCGACGAUUGCGUCCAACGUCGCGGCGUGCACGAUGGUGACAACCGGCAAGACGACGUUCAAGGACGAGUUUGUGACGGCCGGCGGCGUCGAGCUACGGCAGCUGACAAAAGACCUCGAGGCGAAAACGAUGCCAGGUCUCUUCUUCGCCGGCGAGUGUCUGAACGUGGAUGGUGUCACCGGUGGCUUCAACUUUACCAACUGCUGGAGCUCGGGGCAGAUUGCCGCCGACCGUAUCGUAGCGAUACUGCAGAGUCCGUCAUCAGAGUGAUUCGAGCACCAAUACACAAUGUGUGAGUCAUUGAACC